CGAGCGCGAGACUUCCUGCCGCUUCAGUGUCGUGCGCGAUUCCGUACGCGGCGCUUGGCGGGGUGACGACUGUGCCGGAGCUCGCGCGGCGGCCACGCUCGUACCUGCCGCGCAGAUCGUUCCGAGCCGCUGAAUCGGGACGAUCGCUCGCGCGCGCGCGCGUGAGCGAGAGAGAGCCCAUGACCGAGAGCGGUCCGGCUGGUGUCGCGACGCGAGAGGAACCGCGAGGAUCAUCAGCCAAGCUGAUGAUGGAAAGUUGUAGUAGCGGCGCCGGCGGCGGCGGGCAUCUCGGUGUGAUCGGCUCGACGACAUUAAAAGCGGCGUGGGUGUGAUUGAAAGCGCGUUCUCGCGCUCUCUCGGCGGGAGAGGAUCGGUCUUCCGACAGGGCGAGCAGAAACAGCAGCCGGUAGUAGGCGCACGGCCGCGGGUUUGUCAGUCAUUCCGCCGCGAAAUUGGAGCUCGUGCUUGCCGCGCGCGCGGGGCGAUCGAACCCCCUCCCCCCCACGCGAUAGUAAAUCACAAAGUGGCGGGAUUUCACGCGGCUGUCAGGCGCGAGAAGGCCGUUCCGCUCGUCCCGAUCAACGCGCGCGCUCUCUCUCUCUCUCUCUGCGCCGCGUCACGCUAGCGGACAGCUUUUAACGGGCGGAGUUUAACGAAUCGUCGCGCCGCCGAUCGACGACGGAUCUCUCCUCGAGCGAGGCUCCACAGUCAUCCCUGCCCCUCGUCGUCGUCAUCCUGAAGGGCCAGAGAGAGAGAGAGAGGGAGAGAGAGAGAGAGAGAGAGAGAGAGAGAGAGAGAGAGAGAGAGAGAGGAGAGUCUCGACCACCUUCCCGCCGCUCCCUCUCGAUCGGCCGUAAAUAACGCCACGCACUUUGGCGUGUAGCACCUGGCGUGUAGCCGCGGUGUGUACGAGCCGGCGCGGCGGCGCGCGAGUGUGUUCGCCGCACGGUGGAAUCCCGCUCGUAAUGACUCGUAAUUGCGCGGAGGAGGAGCCGACGUCGUGCUGGAACGAUUUAAGGGACACCUAGCGCCACCCGCACCCGCCGCUAUAAUGAUUAGGUGCACGCGACUACGGGGAUUACCUGGUUGAGGAGGUUGGCGGAGGAGCCCGCGUGCGAGACGAGGGUGGACGACCACCGGCUGAAAUCUGAAUAGGAGAGUGGUCGAUCGCGACGCGAACAACUCGUCCCUCGUCCCUUUCGGCGAUCUAACGGCCGGCCGUUAGCACGUCCCGGCGUUAGCAGAUCGCCGACGUUCACGGCGUACUCGAGCGUGGGAAGAUUCAAUUGCAAGGCGUAAUGGACACGUCACCAACGUUAAGCAUCGGCGGAUCGAGGGCCAGGGCGGCCCUUUUGACCACUAGUGGCACCGGAACCGGAAGCACCGACAGACGGGUCGUCUUUUUAGCAAGUCAACCGUCGGUCAGCGGCAGUCACGAGACGAAGACCUGGCCUCACCACUGGUCGCCGCACACGACCGGAAACAGUUACAAAUCGCCGGAGGAAUCGCCGCACACGGAGCACAGCAGACUGAGGAUGUCCCGGGGCCAAGGGGGAUGGUCGGACGAGCCUUGCACAUCCGGUAGUGCAGGUCGUCGCGGCGGAGCUCGCCAAACGGCGGGAUCGUCCUCGAGGACGCCGACGUCCGGGUUGGAGGAGCGCGCUUCCGGUACCACGCCGUGUAAAGGCGGCUUCAGGUUAGGAGUCUACGGUUGGAGGAAAAGAUGCCUCUACUCCCUCAUAUUGACCCUCAUGAUCAUCGUAGUCCUCAAUCUCGCCCUCACCGUCUGGCUACUGAAGGUCAUGGGAUUCAGUUCUGAAGGUAUCGGUUCGCUAAAAGUGGUGCCUGGGGGAAUCGAGCUAAGAGGUCAAGCUGCCGUGUUAGACGCCCUCGUGGCCUCCAGCCUGAGAUCUCGGAGGGGCAAAAACUUGGUGCUGGAAUCAUGGAGUAAUUUUACGGCCUCGGCGAGAUCCCACGAUGGACGGCUCCUCGCGCGAUUAACAGUCGGGGAGGACCGCGUCGACUGUGUGUCCAGAGGUUUUCGAGUAACCGAUCCUCGUGGAGGAGUACUUUUCUCCGCGGAUAGGGAACAGGUUAUCGUGGGGGCGGACAUGUUAAGGGUGACCGGCGACGGUGGUGCGGUUUUUCAGGGUAGCGUGCAGACUCCAUUGGUCAGAGGAGAAUCGGGCCGCGGUCUUAGGCUCGAAUCAGCGACGAGGGCCUUGAAGAUCAGCGCCCCUCAGCGAGUGGUAAUCGAGUCCUGGGCGAGCGAGAUCUCGGCCUCUUGCCUGACCGAUUUGAAGCUACAGAGCGUUCACGGAGCCAUCAAGCUUGACGCAAAGUCCGUUUACAUGAAGGGUCUCAAGGCAGCCAUCCCGGUGCAAGGACACUCGUCCAGGGAGCAACAACAGCAGCACUCUGGCAGAUCUUCAUCCGUUCAUCAGAGCCAGAGGGAGACCACCAUCUAUCAACUGUGUGCGUGCGCGAGUGGCAAGCUGUUCCUCGCCAGGCCGGACGGUAGCUGUCAGGCAGACAAGUCGAUUUGCUAAUACGACGCGGCUCGACGGUGUAUCGCGACAGCACAGGCCGAUUCGUUACAACUAAUCGCGGCGGACUACUGUGUGACUCGGUGAUCCCAGCGAGAGAAAGAAAGAGGGGGGAGGGGGGGGAGAGAAAGAGAGAGAAAGAGAGAGAGAAGAAUGGAGCACUGCGAUCGGCCAUCGGCGCGAUCAGGGACGAGGCCUUCAUUGGAACAUUGCAAACGAUAUCAAACGAAUCUAAACCGCGGCAAACGGGCGGAAAUGUCGAGAGUGCGACGUGUCAGGAUACUCGUGAGAGGACACGAUAAAUCAAUACGAAUAAUCGAAAGCUAAUCAAUUACCCCCUCAGCACGCGCUAUUUUUCGAUGAACGCGGCGUAUGCCCGAUAACGCUUUCAAGUGCCGGGCACCAUCCCCACGAGGACUCCUAGUUUACUCAGGGUCCGAUCUAGACGCCGACGAGUGGCGUCGUGCUCCCUCUCCCCCCCCCCGACGUGCACACACGUGUCAAUUAACUGCUAUUGGAUUGCUUCCCGUGAGCAAUUUUUUCUGCUCCUUUGUUCCAUUUUUUCCACCGUUGUUUGUUUUCUUUCAGUCUAGCAUCAAUCACAUUUAAUUGAGUUGCCGUGCAAGGGCAGAAUCGGCCGUUGUUGCGGCUUCAAUCCCGCGCGUAAGCACACGUCAAUUCUCCCUAUUCACGGUGUUUCCUGUACGCGGCGCGAGCCAAUCUUCAUCCGCGAGAUAUUUACGCGAGGCGGAAACGCGAGAAGCCCGCGCCCGGCCGCACGUGUCGGGGGCCGCUCUCUCUCUCUUACGCCGGCGACGUGGUGAAGCGCGUCGCGUCGUAGUAGACACAAAGAGAGUAUUCUCCCGAGAGAUCUUGUCCGGCCGGAAAUAUUCUCUCGAAAUCGCGGGUAUUUGGAAAAUUCUCUCUGAAGAAUAUUUCCAAGCGCCAUUCAGCGGAUCUUCCCUUGAACUUUUUCUCGCGCCAGCGCCGCCGGUCAAUGCGAGAUACGCGACGGGAGAGCGCGGGAUUCUCGCUGUUCGCUCAAGUUUUUCUUGCGGAAGGCUCGCGGCGCCCGCCGCCGUAUUUCCUCGCCGUUGAAGAAGCGCGCGCUCUGCUUGUUUGGCGCCCUGGAUUCGGCACGAACUUGUGUAUUCCCCCGGUGGGGGCCCUUGGAUGUCCAUCGGGGAUCCGCCGACAGGGACCCGGAGAGGCACAUCCCCGUGCUACCGUGGAUAGAUCGUAUAUAAACUAUGUGUACGUAGCACUGUCGCCGCGACGCUACUCCGUAUGAUGCACACACACACACACACACACCUCGGACCGGGUUCUCAUCGCGCGUUUAACGCUGCAGACGCGGCUGCGUCUCGCGUCCCGUGCGAUCCAACGGAAAGACGCAAAGGAUGCGAAACAGGAGUAAACAUAUCGAGGGCCGCGUGUAGCGCUAAAUGCGACAUGUGUUACAUGCGACGCGCUAAUACGUUACGCUAAAUAAUACUACACGUGCGAUGCUGAGCGCGCGACGCUAAACGAGCCGGAUGAAGGUGGGAAUUCGGGCCGUCGCACAGUGUUGCGAAACCUCCAAAUAGUGGCCAUAAAUCAAUUGUCGCUAUAAUGUACUAUAGUUGAAUGAAAAGCAUACUAUAUUGUAAAUACUAGUACUUUAUCACUAAAAUAACAUGUUUUCUAAUUUUAUUAUUUUAUUUUUUACUUUUUUGUUCUUUCUUUGCUUUUUAUUUUCUUUUUUAGUUUUUAUCUUCUGCUUCUUACUUCAUACAAUUAUUAACUAAACAAAAUAUUUAAUAUAACUAUUCAUCGUCACAGAUGAGAUAUUAGACAGGGAACAUCACUUUCAUGAUAAAAAAUUGUUUCAACGCAGAAUCAGUUAUGUCAUUUAGAGGGUUAUGACCCAGCUAUUCUGUACUUCGCGUCACGUGUACAUUUGAAUUCACUUAUCUUCGUGCUACAGUUGGAUUUCAUCAAAAUGUUACUGCAACUUAUUAAUUUGGACCUUUUAGAAAAUGUAUUGAAAACGGGAGCCGAAAAUUCCUAUUUUGGCCGCGUUUAGCGAUUUCUGCAACACUGUGCGUCGUAACGUACGCGGACCGGCAUAGUGGCCUUGACACACUCGAAGUUGUGUCAUUUUAGAGCUUCCCAUAAGAAAUACAUUACCCGCCGCUCUAGACAGGUGUAGCUUCUUUGUGUGUCCAAGGUGUAUCACGCCGAUCUGCGCACGUGCGUCGGCGAGAGACGCGCGAUCGCCGUUCAGCGGCCAACGUCCGCGGUGAAUCGAACCGACGACGACGACGACGACGACGACAACGAUCUCUAGAUCGUCCCUCUUUUGUUCCCGCUCCGUAGCACCUUCGUCGCCCACCCCUUCAUUUGAUACUUUACACCCCGUGUACCGAGUGUACGCCUCGCGCGGCGAAACCACUUGUAGGCAAAUCGUUCGUAGCUCCCACGAGCCCGCGCUCUCGGUGCUGGUGGCGCAAGGCCCUUUCAAGGAGAUUACUCCUCGCGAAUCGCUUACUUCUAAUGCGGUGUCUGUUUAACCCGUGCUCCGAUACAAAGUAGAAACAUUGUUGUAAGUAGGGCGACGGCUGCAUCGGGCUGCGCGUGCCGCCGGAAAAUGCGAGAGUGACAGUGAGAAAGAGAGAGAGAGAGAGAGAGAGAGAGAGAGCGAGAGAGAGAGAGAGAGAGAGAGAGAAUGAGAGAAAACAAGAGAAAGAGAGAAUGAGAGAGUACGACAGUAGUUUCGACGCAUCCGGAUCGGAUUGCGAUCCAGCUUGUACGCUGUACAUCGGCCAUGUCCAUUUAUUUAUGUAUGUGGCAAUAAAGUCGUUAUUGUUACUAUUAUUAUU